CUAUUGACAUGCUAAUGAAAAAUCUGUGAAAAAGAAUCUAAAAGAAAGAGUGAUUGGACAAAUUUCUGACCCCACUGAAUUCAGCUGAAGCCAUAGUAUUCAUGAGGGCAGAACAAAAGUUUACUGAAUGUAUAUGGCAGUAUUAUUUUUUCCAUAGUAUAAAGCAUUCUAAAAUGCUUUGAUUUUGUGGUUGAAAUAAAAGAUGCAAGGUGUUUGUUUUUUUUUUUUUUCCAUUUUGAACUGUUUAUAAAGGAAUUAAAAUAGGUAAAUAAAAAUGAAGAUGUUUCACUCUAAGCUACAGAAAAGAUUCCUUGGAACCAGGAGGAAAUUUAACCUAGAUUCAAUGUUUAACUCUACUGCACAUCUUAGGACAAUUCUCAAGUCCUGUAGCAGCUUCUGAUAACAUUUUUAAUGAAAAAAAUAAUUUGACUAAGAAAAUGUCCUCAAUGUAUUUGCUCACCUUAUACUGAAUUUAAUUUGUUAUACUGUCUCGUAUUCUCAGUUUUGAGCAUGCCAUGGAUUGUCAUCAUUGGUUGCUGAACAAAACAAUCACUUUUAAGUUAAUUCACAUUUCUGAGAAUUAUUUUCAGCUAUAUCUCAUAGAAUUUGAACCUGUAUUUUAACUCUUUUGUGAACAUUCUAGAUGACACCAAACAAAGUUUCAUCACCAUUAUUUAAAUGUUGAUGAUGCCAUUAUCUACAUGGUGAUGAGUCAAAUCUAUGUGAUCCUCUACUAACCAUGAACUUGUGUUUAGCAGUUUGUCAGCUGUAUUCAGAUGCAGGGAAUUGGUUUCAUGAAGACCAGAUCUCAUAAGAGUCCUUCCAAGAGAGAUGUUGCUGUGCCAACUGAAGUCAAUUCCAAGGGUGAGGCUACAGAGAACUGCGCUGGGACCAGCUUGCAAUUGUCCACUGGGACAUCAUUCAUGGUGCUGAGCCAUAGAAGAAGGAGCAGGAAGGUACCGCUGCGUCCUGUGGUGUGUGCAGGCAUCUCAAAUGGCAGAUGCUCAGUGCCAGGACAUUUGUAUCAUCAGCUGCGCUCCUGUGACUUUGCCAAGGAAAAACGCAGACACUGGGCUAUUUUAGCUGAAGAGAGAAGCAUCAGAGUUAGCAAACACGUGAGGGCCUCAAUGCAGCAAUCCAUGCUGCUGAAAGAGGAGCAGGCAGAGGUUCCCUGGGGAGUUAGGGACUACAUCCACUCCUCUCUGAUCUUCACAGCGCCUUGUAAUCGAAGUGAGAAGUGGAAAAGCCGUGGCGUGCUUCAGUCUCACGUUAAAAUAGUUAUACUGCUGGCUGACCAGUGGUGCACCUGCAAGUCCCCAGCAUCCCCUCGUCCUCCUGUGUGCUUGGGGGCUCUCGUCCUGGAGAGCCAGGUCCGCGUGGGGCUCUUCGGCUCCGGCGUGGGCUUGUCGCUGGUGCUGGGCUUCGGCGUCGCCUACGCCUGCUACUACCUCAGCAGCAUCGCCAAGAAACCCCAGCUGGUGGCCAGCAACAAACGUUUCUGCCGCUUUCUCAAGGAAUAUUGCCCUGUUGUGACAGAAACUUACUAUCCCACGAUUUGGUGCUGGGAAGGUCGGGUGCAGACACUCCUGCGGCCCUUUAUCACUUCUAGACCCCAAGUACAGUACAGAAAUGAGCUCAUUAGAACAGCAGAUGGAGGACAGAUUUCGUUGGAUUGGUUUGAUAAUAAUGACAGCUUAUAUUAUCCGGAUGCCAGCACAAGACCUACUGUCCUGUUAUUGCCUGGUCUGACAGGAACGAGCAAGGAAUCCUACAUUCUUCAUAUGAUCCAUCAGAGUGAAACACUGGGAUAUAGAUGCGUGGUUUUUAACAAUCGUGGAAUUGCUGGUGAGGAUCUUUUGACACCAAGGACUUACUGUGCAGCUAACACAGAGGAUUUAGAGGCAGUUAUUCAUCACAUACACAGCUUGCACCCCUCAGCUCCGUUCAUGGCAGCCGGUGUUUCUAUGGGAGGCAUGCUUCUUUUAAAUUACCUGGGCAAAACUGGCAGAGACACUCCUUUAAUGGCAGCUGCAAUUUUCUCUGCGGGUUGGAAUGUUUUUGAGUCUGUAGAGUCUCUGGAGAAGCCACUAAACUGGCUUCUUUUCAACUAUUACUUGACUACUUGUCUACAAUCCUCCAUCAGCAGGCAUCGACAAAUGUUGGAAAAAUUAUUUGACAUGGAUCUCGUGAUGAAGGCUAGAACUGUUAGAGAAUUUGAUAAACAGUUCACUUCAGUCAUGUUUGGCUACCGUACAAUUGAUGAUUACUAUGAAGACGCUAGCCCAUGUCGCAAGCUGAAGUCAGUAGGAAUUCCAGUGUUAUGUCUGAACUCUGUGGAUGAUGUUUUCUCACCGGGUCAUGCUAUACCAGUAGAAACUGCCAAACAAAACGCAAACGUUGCUUUGGUUCUGACUUCUUGCGGAGGCCACAUUGGUUUUCUGGAAGGAAUAUGGCCAAGGAAGUGCACUUACAUGGACAGAGUCUUCAAGCAGUUCGUGCAAGCUGUGUUUGAGCAUGGAAACAAAAUCUUUAGCAUGUAGCUUUGGACCACUACUGUAGCACAGUGGCACAUUCUGACAAGGGCAGUUAAGCUUAAUGCACAAAUUUUAACUACUGUAAGCCAGCAAAUGGAUGAAGUCCAUUAGUACAUGCAAAAAUAUUUUUUGCCUAAGAUUUUGUAGCAAGAAACUAAAUAUUACGUUGUCACUUUUGUAUUUAUUUUUAAUAUGCCUUACUAAGAAUGACCUUAAAUGAAACAGCAUUCUGCAUACAUCAAAUUGCACUUAACCAAAACCAUCGAGUAAAUAGAUUGUAAUUCCUCAGGAUUUUAAUUUAAACUACUAUAUAUUUAGGAGACUUAAUGUAGAUGGCUUUUAAUAUCAGAAUGGCAACACUCAAAAUAGCAUUUAUUAUCCUGUCACACAUAGUUAAAGUUGAUAUAUUCCUUAGGUGAAAAUCUUAAAAUAUGGAAACAAAAGGAAGGAACACGAAGAAGCACUGGUUCUUCAAAUAGGUCUAAAUUGCAGCAUACUAUUCCGUAGCAUUAGACUGAUCUGCUUUUGCUGUUUUACCCUGAGAGUGUCCAGAUUUAGGGCCAGUUACUGUUUUUUAAACGAUGUCAAUGCCAUAUUCAUUUUACAUGAUUUUUUAAACAGUUUAUUUAUAGUGUUUACAUAUAACCAAAAGAUUCCUUUAAAACAGUACUGUAAUAACUUAUGUAAUUGAAAGACAUUUUGCAUUUCAAUGUUUGUGUAUAGCCGGGUGUUACCAUAUAUGUAAUACAUACUUCAUAUAACUGGUAAUUUCAAUUAUUCUGUCUGUUUAUAUUACCCUGUGAGAACAUUUCAGUUUUAAAGAAUAAACAUUAGAGCAUUAGGAAACUAUCAUAAAGUUUGUUUUAAAUUAAAAAAAAAAAUCUGAACCCAUUGCCUCUGCUAUUGUUUCAGAUAAUUUCUAAAACGGGUGUAGCAAACUGUUUAAAGAAAGGUGGGAGCUGGGGGGUGGUCUCUCUGGUUUGCUGUUUGAUCCUUUGUCAGCACUUCAGCAAGAGGCUGUGACAUCAGCGUUCUCCUCAGCCCUGCAGCAGAGUGAGAGCUAAAGCGGGUCCCUGAGGAAAAAGGACAGUUAGACGCAUUUUGAAACUGCUGGGAAGUCCUAAUUAGGGCACGUUGAAAUUAAAUCUUUUAACCAGCUUCUGUGGAGAUCCCCUCUCAUUCUACUGUCUGAUUUGGGCCUAGCCACACAAGAUCAGGCAGUAAAAGUGCAAAGGCGUCUUCAUUUUUAUGUUUUGAGCAGGGUCAGAACCACAAGAAAACAUGGAUAAAAAAGCAAGUCAGGUCUUCUGUCACAAGCAGUAUGUGAACAGUCCUCUUGCGAGGCAUGUUUCCUAGUAACAGCAAAGGCAAAGGAAGAACAAAAAUACUUUUUGUCGUUAGAAGAAGAAGAAAUCAGGACGUGCUAUAGGAAAGCUAGUUUUGUAAGGUGGAAGGUUAAAUUAAAAAUCAGAAAGUGCUUUUAGGUUUUGACUUCUUAGGGCAAGGCAUUGGUCCUUGUGCAAAUAAUAAAAUCUAACUUCUUCCCUGAUAAGGAAAACGAGAAAAUUGACUUGUAAAAGUGAAACAAAAUUUUGUGCAUGUUGCUACAACAGAUGAAGUCAGCAUAUUAGUAGGGUGCCUUAUUCAUCCUUACAUUCAUUUCCAUUACAAAAGUUAUGUUCCUACAAAAACAGCGAGCAAUAAACUGUGUAUUGUGUAUUAUAUUUGUAAAAUCGUUCAGGUGCAGUAUGUUCAAAACUCAACAUCAACUAUUAAUAAAAAAUAAAACCACUUAUAUUAAAAACACACCUUACCAUUUAAAUAAAAGUAACGUGGCAGAAUUUG